AUGGCCCAAGCAUUUGUGAACAGCAAGAGCCAGCCUGGGAAGGUGGUCAUGUUCAUCAAGCCCACCUGCCCCUACUGCAGAAGGACUCAGGAUCUCCUCAGCCAAUUGCCCUUCAAAGAAGGGCUUUUGGAAUUUGUCAAUAUCACAGCCAGCGGUGACACCAACGAGAUUCAAGACUAUUUGCAACAGCUUACAGGAGCCAGAAUGGUACCUCAGGUUUUUAUCGGUAAACAGUGAAUAGGUGGAUGCAAUGUAAUGAAUAUGCAUGAGAGAGGGGAACUGCUGACAUGGGUAAAGCAAAUUGGAGCGCUACAGUAAUUGUAGAGCAGACCCCAGCCUGAUAUGCCCUUGAGAGCUGAACAGCAUUGCAGAUAAUGACAACACUUGGCUGGUGUAUGGAUCUGGGGCUGCCUUUACCCAGCUACAGCAGCUG